AUGAAGGAAAAUCAAGUCGCUGCCGAGGCGUCAAUCGUCGACCAAACCAACCUCCUACCAAAAAAGGAAUUGCUCAUAGUCUUCAGCGUACUAGCAAUUUCAUUGUUUAUCUGUUUUAUUGACCAGAACGGCAUUGGAGUUAUACUGCCAACCAUCUCACGAGAUCUAGACGCAGCCGACACCAUUUCUUGGGCUGGUACCUCCGCUCUUAUUGCGAACACAGUCUUCCAGGUUCUUUUCGGACGGCUGUCUGAUCUUUUCGGAAGAAAGGUUGUUUUUCUGUCGGCGUUGGUUCUACUCGCAGUCUGUGACCUGCUUUGCGGGUUCUCUCAGAAUGCUACCAUGCUCUAUGUCUUCCGCGGCCUUGCUGGUGUUGCCAACGGCGGUAUCACAAGUCUAUCGAUGAUGAUAGUGAGCGACAUCGUCACCUUGAAGGAGAGAGGCAGAUACCAAGGUAUCCUUGGUGCUUGCGUAGGCAUGGGCAACAUGGUAGGGCCCUUCAUUGCGGCAGUGUUCGCUCAGCACUCCACCUGGAGAGGUCUGUUCUGGCUAGUCAGUCCACUUGCAGCUCUAUGCUGUGUGAGUUGCUUUUUCAUACUGCCUGCGUCCAACGACUCCUCGAAGCUGGAUUUUCGAACCGUCUCAAAAAAGAUAGAUUACUGGGGCAUUCUUUUCGGCUCGGCGGCAAUCAUACUCAUACUGAUACCUGUCUCUGGAGGUGGCAGUUACUUCCGCUGGGACUCUACUAUGGUCAUCGCAAUGUUAGCAGUUGGAGGCAGCUGUGCUCUUGCAUUCUUAUUUGUCGAACACAAGGUCGCGUUGCUCCCUAUGAUGCCUUUGUCACUCUUCAGAAAUUUACCGGUCUGCAUUCUGCUCUUGCAAAAUUUCCUCUUCGGAAUCGUAUACUACUCACAGCUCUACUACCUGCCGCUUUUCUUCCAAAAUGCGCGACGCAUGUCACCGAUCACUUCAGCCGCUCUCGUACUGCCUAUCACCGCAGCACAGAUGACUUUGUCAAUAGUCUCGGGCCAGUACAUCUCUAGGCGAGAGCGUUACGGUGAAGUCAUCUGGCUAGGCUUCUUUCUCUGGACGCUGGGCGUUGGCCUUACAUGUAUAUUCGACCAAAACACGCCCAUCGCCGCGAUCGUAGUCAUCUUGCUUGUACAAGGUGCCGGUGUGGGCUUAAUUUUUCAGCCAACACUAGUCGCAUUACAGGCUCAUUGUUCCAAAGCUCAACGUGCAAUCGUCAUCUCCAACCGCAAUUUUCUACGCAGUCUGGGUGGUGCAGUUGGGCUUGCCAUCUCUGCUGCUGCGCUACAAAAUUCUCUCAAGAAAGCCAUGCCUCAAGAGUUUGCUUCUGCCUUUUCUUCUUACGACACUCCGGACUUUGCGGCCCUCGGAGCCUCACCGGAGCAGAUACAGGAAGUCCUAGAUGCCUAUGCAAAAGCUAGCAGAACUGUAUUCAUCAUGAAUGUGCCAUUUAUGGGUCUCUGCUUACUUGGCUGCCUUCUGAUCAAGGAUCGUGGGCUACAGCGUCCCGAUGAGCUGAGAGUGGCCCAAUCGAGCGACACUAUCAAUGGUGUCGAAGUCGAGAAGGGAAAUGGCGACGAGAUUGCCAACGUUCAGCGGCCCCCUAAGUCUGAUCUGAAUGAGGAAGCAAAAGGGGCUUUGGUACAAGAGCACCGAUAGAGUCAGUCGAGAUAUGUGUGUAAACCACAAAAAGAGUAUCAUCGUUUGCAAGACCGUCUAGUU